AAGUGGGAGCGAGGCUGGAGCCUUGGCCAUAAAGCCCGAGGCGGUGGCGACAGCGGCCGUGUUGGAGGCUGGGAGAGCGCGACGGGACCUGCGGGAAGCAGAACUUGGUCUUCCCUGCCCGUGCCCUUCGUCGUCUCCUUCUCAGCGGGAGCCCUUGCGACACGCCGGGCCCGGAGUCCCCAGCGCAGCGGUCGCGUUUGAAGGAUGACCUCGAGGAAGAAAGUGUUACUAAAGGUUAUCAUCCUGGGUGAUUCAGGGGUCGGAAAGACAUCACUUAUGAACCAGUAUGUGAACAAGAAAUUCAGUAACCAGUACAAAGCCACAAUAGGAGCAGACUUCCUGACCAAGGAGGUGAUGGUGGAUGACAGACUAGUCACCAUGCAGAUAUGGGACACAGCCGGUCAGGAAAGGUUCCAGUCCCUUGGUGUGGCCUUCUACCGUGGCGCAGACUGCUGCGUGCUGGUGUUUGACGUGACGGCCCCCAACACGUUCAAGACCCUGGACAGCUGGAGGGAUGAGUUCCUCAUCCAGGCCAGCCCCCGGGACCCGGAGAACUUCCCCUUUGUUGUGCUGGGGAACAAGAUUGACCUCGAAAACAGACAAGUGGCCACGAAGAGGGCACAGGCCUGGUGCUACAGCAAAAACAACAUUCCCUACUUCGAGACCAGUGCCAAGGAGGCCAUCAAUGUGGAGCAGGCGUUCCAGACGAUCGCACGGAACGCGCUUAAGCAGGAGACAGAGGUGGAGCUGUACAAUGAAUUCCCCGAACCCAUCAAACUGGACAAGAACGACCGGGCCAAGCCCUCUGCCGAGAGCUGCAGUUGCUGAGGGGCGGCAGGCGCCGAGCACAGAGUCCUUCAGAACCAAGAACACACUUAGGCCUU